UGAGGUUGUUUGUUGCUAGACAAUAUUGAGGAUAAACCCUUCUGGGCAGCAAAUAGAUAAGGAGGUUUUAAUUCCUGAUCCUGAUUAGAUUAGGACGGAGAGCUUUUGCAUAGCCAUGCAAACCUGUUCUUCUAAUUACGUGGAAGCUGUUUAUGAACAGGACCAUAAACCAGCAUUGAUUGGUAUUUAUUUGGCCACUAUUGGUACCAUAAACAGAGCAGACAUCUGUGCCAACUAGUUCUCUCAACCAGAGCCCGCUCCGGUGGCACUAAAUUGUUUGCACUUUGGGCUAGUUUUAGCAAGUCCUUGCCCCUCCCGGUGGGUCUUCCUUCUGCAGGAGCUUCCCAUGAGUCACGUAGAUGCCAUCUCAGCCAAGGACAAGGAGAACCCUCCUAGCCAUGGUUUGUACCCACAACAAACACAGGGAGUGAUUGCUUUUCUCUAAGAGCAGUGGUUGGCUAACUCAGGGUGGGCUUUCCCCUCCUUCACCCCUCCCGGAGUUUUAUCAGCAGAAAAGAUUGCGCCAGAAAUGUCUUAUGCAAAAUAAGGCAAACAGGAAACGUGGGUGGUUUUUUUUUUUUGGUUCUCUUUUGCCUCUCUUACAAGCCAGCAAAGGUCCUUCUCUAGCACGGCAGACGGGGCUCUCUCUGAGGUGGGCUUUGAGGGGUGCUCGAGUUUUGGAUUGAGGUUCCUUGGCAGAAGAGAGACGGGCUUGGUGGGCGGAGAGAAAGACCUUGGACACGGAAGGUGAUUGACCGAGCCUUUGACUAACCAGGAUCUGCUUCUGCAGCUGUUCUCCGGGGGUGAUGUCCUUUUGAGUGACCACCAUGUCGAUGUAUCUGAAACACUUCACGGUGGUGGGAGAUGACACUGCCCAGUGGAACAACGACUACAAGAAAUGGAAGGAGGAAGAGACAGAAGAGGAAGAAGGGAAGGCACCAGAGGUUGUGGUUAAAGUUGAAUCAGCGCCCAGGCGUCCAACCUUCAGGGAUGUUAUGAAAAGGCUGUUCCAAUCCCACAAGUUCCAGAUCGCGGUGGUUUGCCUGGUGAUCUUGGAUGCUGUGUUGGUGCUGGGAGAGCUGCUUCUGGAUCUGAAGGUCAUUCACCCUGACAAAGAGAAGAUCGCACCAAGGGUCCUUCACUACCUGAGCCUUUCCAUCCUCUCCCUCUUCCUGGUGGAAGUCAGCUUCAAGCUCUUCGCCUACCGCCUGGAGUUCUUCCACCACAAGUUCGAGGUCUUGGACGCCCUGGUGGUCAUCGUCUCCUUCAUCCUGGACAUUGUGGUCCUCUUCCAGGAGCAUCAGUUUGAAGCGCUCGGCCUGCUGAUUCUGCUCAGGCUGUGGCGGGUGGCCAGGAUCAUCAACGGAAUAAUUUUAUCCGUGAAGACCCGCACAGAGCAGCAGAUCUCCAAGCUGAAGCAAGCCAAUUUGCAGCUGAGUACCAAAGUCCAGCAGCUGGAAAGCAGCUGUGCAGAGCAGGAAAUAGAAAUUGAAAGGCUGAACAACCUCUUGAAGCAACAUGGGCUCCUCAACCAGUCCAAAUAAGAUGCCUGACCUAGACCUACGGUGGCCAAAUCUCUUCCUUGGAUUCUGUUCUGGCCCUGAGAAGCUACUUUAUGUUUACAGGGUGACCUUGUAAAUAGAUCCUUUGGCACAUUUAUCAGCGCGGGCUGCUUUCCUCCGGAGCUGAUGCCCUUCAGAUAGAGUGGACGCUGCCUUCCGCCAUCCUCCCAAUUGUGCACAGCGGGGGGGGGGGGGGGUUGGUUGGAGGGCACCCAGCUGAGACUCGGCUGGCCUAGAUCUCUUUUGGAGACCCGGAGUGGUAGAACAGCUCCAGCACUCUCAAAUGAGCUAUGCCAUUCUUUCUUGUACAGCUGUACAGUUUCCCAAGACUUAGUGGAAAUAAUAAUGUAAUAAAUUCCAAUCCAUAUUCGGAA